GUCCUGUUUGACGAGAAAUAGAAUCGAGAUAUUUUAUACGAAUAUUAUAUUAUGCUGCGAAAGGUAUCCUGCUGGUUCAGUAGAAUGUGUGGAAGCAUGAAUCGCGAUUAUUAAAUAUGCUGUUUCGCGUUUGUGUGAUUUCAGUGCAGAACCAUAAGAGAGACUACCGAACUUGGCAAACUGAAACUGAUCUGCGAAGAAAUUUGCAGUGGACUGCGUGUCGUAUGUCUAGGUUCUGUCUGAAGGUGGUGAAUUGCACGGCCCGAGUAUUUGCAAGUGUUGAGGUAUCUUCAGCGCAAGAGUUUAUCACAGAGACGUGGGGAUGGUGUUCCUCUUGGGAGGCUGGGGCAUGGGAGAUUCUGAACUUCAGCAUCACUCCAAUCAUUAUGGCAGUUCAGCACAUCAUCAGUUUUUGCGCCAACACUCAGAAAAUUAUGAUGAAAAUGAAAUUUCUUUGAUACCACUAGGCAAUCAGGUUGGCGGACACACACGACUGCUAAUGCUGAAUGAUAGGACCAUCUGUAAACCCCUCAACUCUCGAGAACUUGAUUUCUACCAGAACAUUCCACAGGAUAUCCAGAUGUUUGUUCCACAGUAUAAAGGUGUUAUGCAAGCAAGCAACAGCGGUGGAGUUCAGUUGAACAAUCGCUUCAGCCCAAGUUUCCGUGAUGACCCCAGCCGAGGGAAGCUGGCGGCAUCUAAGAGAAAAAGAGAUAAUGUGUUGCGAAUGAAGGUCCAUCGGAAAGGUAAUGCUCGAGAUGUCCUGGAGAGUAUCAUGCAUGUUGACAACACCAGUUCUAACAAGCAAUACUUCUUGAUGCUAGAAAAUAUCACAUCACACUACACACAGCCUUGCAUCCUAGACCUGAAAAUGGGAACAAGGCAACAUGGUGAUGAUGCUUCAGCUGAAAAGAGGAGCAAACAGAUGGCUAAAUGUGCCGCCAGCACAUCAGCCUCCCUUGGAGUUAGGCUCUGUGGCAUGCAGGUCUAUCAGGCUGAUACAGACCAUUAUGUGAAGCGUGAUAAAUACUGGGGACGUGAGCUUAACGAAGAAGGCUUCAAGGGAGCACUAUAUCACUUCUUCCAUAAUGGAUUCCAGUUGCGUAGCCAAGUUAUUCGCAAAGUAAUAACCCGUCUUGAGGAACUUCGCAGAGCUAUUGAGCGCCAGAGCAGCUACAGGUUUUAUUCCUGUUCACUCCUUAUUGUGUAUGAGGGGUAUGAGUGGGAUGUGGAUGACUUCUCCACAUCACAACAUCGUGGGACAUCACCCUCUGCUCUCAGCACUUGCUUCUGUCACCAGGACUUGAACAGUUUAACACAAGAGGUUGGUAUCAGUGAUGAAGGAACAAGAGAAUCAGAGGAAUGUUCUCGUGGAAGCCUAGGCUUCCCUUACUACGAUAUGGAUGCCAGUAACUCAUCUGACUUCCCACCUUUGUCAUCAUCCCAAGAAGAGGUAAACCAGGCAUCGCAUCAGCGUGGGUUUGGUGAAGCAGCAGCAAGGGGGGCAAAAGCUGCAUCAAGAUUUUACCCUAUAUCAGAGGACACGAUGUUCAUGGAUCCACCAUCAUCCUCACAUGCUGCUGGUGAGAGCUGGAUGUUGUACAAUAGUGACUGUUCCUUUCUGCAACUUACUGAGAGUUCUGAGGAAGCUUCUUCAGACUUUUAUAAUGUGACAGCAAAGAGAAUUCGUCAGCAUUCUCAGUGUGAUGAAGAAGGAGAGGAAGAAGAUGAUUAUGAUGAUGAAGAUGAAGAAGAUCCAGAGCUUUCCUUGUCCAGCAAACGAGUGAAAAAAAGUACACUUGAGCUACGGGCUAAGAACAAGGCUGCUCUGCAAGCUGCAAAAAAACAUAGAAUGAGACAGAGAGACUUGCCAAGGGGCUCUGGCUCCACUCAAGUUGAUAUCCGCAUGAUUGACUUUGCCAAUGUUACAUUCAGCAACAGGGCAAGUGGCAGCAAUGCAAGCAAUGUUACUGUCCACCAUGGUCCAGACUGUGGAUUUCUCACUGGACUUGACAGCUUAAAGCGGCUUUUAACGGAAAUAUUAUCUGAAGGUUAGGGUUCACAUUUCUAAAAGUAUUUUUCCUACUUAAAAUGUUAAAUGAAUUUCAAAAUUGCAUUUUUAUUGAACACUAGACUUCUCUUCUUGGUUUGGUUCUCUCUCUUCUUGAUGUACUUUGGACACCGGAGCCAGUGAAUUGCAUUGGGAUUAAUCAUGACAGACACUGGAUAUGAUCAAUAAAAACACUGCCGGUCUCUUUGGAAACAUGACAUUGAAGCUGCAGAGUGGAAGUUGUUCAUAUUUGCGGCUGAUGGUGAGUUUCCAAAUUAAAACUUGAGAUCCCAAGCCGCUCUAAAAGUGAAGGGGAGAGGAGCUUGUCAUUGGGCUUUUGAUCUGUGUUGAAUUUUUGUCACUGACUACGUAGUUUAGAGAUUGAAAUGCAGAAGGAAAAUCAAGAUCUCACAAGUUGAUAAUUUAUGUGAGGUGUGGUGAUAUUUGUUCGGAAACGAGUGAGGAUCGUGCAGAGGACCAAAAAUUUCAUAUUCUGAAGAAAACUGAAUGAGCAGGUGAAUGCUAGUUGCUGAAAUAGGGAGGUGUACACUUUUAUUUGCCUUUUUCUCUUAUUGUAUUUUUUGAACACAUGGAAGUUGUCUCUGAUAUUGUUAAUUCACAAAAACACCUUCUGUAGUUGAUCUUUUGAAUGGAUGCAAAACUGUGCUAUACUACAUAUAGCUGUAGAUAUGGUAUAACAUGUUCUCUUGUUUACCUGCCUAUCUGAGUUUGCAUAUAGUUGAUACACACUCUGGUGCUAAGCAGCAUUGGUAAUGAAUCACAACUUUUUGAUCAUUAGUCCCAUAUAAAUGAAUAAAGUUAAUCUUGUGAAUAUUAACUAAAAAGAUGCCACUUUCAUGGACUAUCAGUGUUUGAAUAGGAGACUGACUGUCUUGGGGUGAGGGCUUACAAUUUCAUUCAAAAGGUUUUGAGUAUAAUCCCCAGUCAAAUCUGUGUGCACUCUCAUCUGCUUUUACAUUGAUGCCUUCGCCUUUAUCACAGUCAAUACUUUGGUAAUGGGAAGAACAAUAGCCCCCCCCCCACAUUUGGAGCUCAUGCUGAACUGUAGGUCUCUUAUGCUGGCCAUCAUUCACAUGAUCACUAUAGCCCUGUCCUGUGGGUGCCGACACCUCAGAAAUGGACUCUGCAACCCUGUAUAUGUGGACAGAGGCCUGUAGAGUCAAUUUUAACAAUCUCUAGAGGCACUAGACAGAUAAUGACAACAAUUAAACUGACAUAUAUAUGUGAUGAUUUCCAUCAUCAUUAUCAUCACCAUCUUUUGGUUAAAGAAACACAGUGUUUCAGAUGCCGGUUUUUCUUUGUUACCAGGUGAAAGUAUGAAGCCUGCUUUGUUUGACCUAUUAGAUGCAAAUAUAAGAGUUUAAAUAACAUUUAAAAAUCCAUUUAAUACCUUUCAGGAAAUACACGAUGCAUUUAUUACAAAGACUAGGCAGUUAGCAUUGUAGACAGUAAUAACUGCUAUUUAUUGUGAGACUCAACAUAUCUAUUCCUAUGUAGUGGAUUCAGCAGUGUGUUUCAUAUUUUUGUCUGGUGGUGGAAACAGAGCUGGUGUCCAAAAUGCUGUUUGUCUUUAA